GAACACUGAUGACGCAGUUCAAGCAUGCCUGUGAGCGGAGGAUGUUGAGGCUCCUCUCUAGGGUCUUUACACAAACUCAAAGUAACAUUAAAGCUGCCGCUGUGCACCGAAGCUUCCGCCCUGCAGCCUCACUGCCAGCCUCAGCUUAUCUUGGCUUUUCUGUGAACCCCAUAAUGGAGCCCAAGCUGUACCGUCCCCCUCCAGAGGUCCGGGGUAUGACCUCUCUGGACAAAGACGCCUUCACACAGACCAUUACUGUCCCAGCUCUACGGGUGCCCACUGGGGUCUUAAACAAAGUGGUAAAGAGCUUGAAAAAGUCCACCAUCCAGCGCCCAGGGGUGCCCAGGGUGGUGCAGGAUAAAGAGGAGAGUAGUGACUUUCGUUUAGUGUUGUUGGACCCCCACAGAGUGUCCUCACCGAGCUCCUUCAGUGAAGCUGAAGCUGAGGCUCUGAGGUCAUUCAGUGUCCCCGAGGAGCUGCAGCACUAUGAGCUGCGGCUCACCUACCACAACCUGAAGAGUGAGGAGGUGCUGGAGGCUGUGCUGCCUCAGGGUCAGGACGUGACCUCUGCGUUCAGCCGGGUGGGACACAUCGCACACAUGAACCUGAGGGAUCACCAGCUCCCAUACAAGAACCUCAUAGGUCAAGUCAUCAUGGACAAAAACCCAGGGGUUACCUGUGUGGUCAAUAAGACAAACAUUAUUGACUCCACUUACCGCAACUUCAAGAUGGAGGUGUUGGCUGGAGAGGAGAACAUGGUCGCCAAAGUGAAAGAAAAUGGGGUGAUAUAUGAGUUUGAUUUCUCUCGUGUCUACUGGAACUCCCGGCUGAGCACAGAGCACCAGCGUGUGGUGCAGCUCAUGAAACGUGGAGACACUGUGUUUGAUGUGUUUGCUGGUGUUGGACCUUUUGCCAUUCCAGCUGCCCGCUUGGGCGCCAACGUCUUGGCCAACGAUCUCAACCCGGAGUCCCACCGAUGGCUGCAGCACAACUGCAAACUCAACAAGGUGGAGAAGAAAGUGAGAACCUUUAACCUGGACGGCAGAGCGUUCAUCCAGGGGCCUGUGAAGCAGGAGCUGCCCGCGCUGCUGAAGGGAACAGCCAGCAUUCACAUAGUAAUGAACCUGCCUGCUUUAGCUCUGGACUUCCUGGAUGCAUUCAGAGGCCUGUUGGACCAGGAGUCUCCCUGUGAUGAGAACCUACCCACAGUGCACUGCUACGGCUUCUACAAAGAAAACGAGCCUGAGACAGAUGUGGUGGAGAGGGCCUCCCGCAGCGUCGGGCUCCCACUGAAGGGCCGCUGCUCUGUGCAUUUUGUGCGUAAUGUAGCACCCAACAAAGAUAUGAUGUGUGUGAGUUUCACACUCCCUAAAGAGGUCCUGUUCAGCGCUGAUCAGGAACUGACAGAGACGUCAGGAGAACCAGCUCCAAAGAGACAGAAGUGUGAAGAAGCUACAGAUUCAACGUAAUCAUCACAUCAACCUGCUUCUAUUGUGAAUGCAACGAAGCGUCUGAGUUGAAAAUUAUUUUUUUAAGUUGUUGUUAUUUUUACAAACUGCUGCUGAGGCUUUUAUUGAAGGUGUUGGUGAAUCAUGACCCUACUUCAAAGACUUCAUUUGUUCGUACUAGAACGUAUUAGAAGUAUAUUAUUCAGAGCCUGACCCCAUGUGUUAA